CCUAAAAGAAACCCUUUGCACUAUAAACACGUACCACCUCCGAGCCGCAGAGUCAAAAUUCCCGUCUUACGUCGGCAAGGGUCUCUCCUGUAUUUGGUUCAAUGGGAAAGGGAACGGGGAGUUUCGGUAAGAGGAGGAACAAGACCCACACGCUCUGUGUGAGGUGUGGCCGCCGCAGCUUCCACAUCCAGAAAAGUCGCUGCUCUGCCUGUGCCUUUCCCGCCGCUCGCAAGAGGACGUAUAACUGGAGCGUCAAGGCCAUUCGCAGAAAGACCACAGGAACUGGUAGAAUGAGAUACCUCCGUAAUGUGCCUCGGCGGUUCAAGAGUGGCUUUAGAGAAGGCACCCAAGCAACUCCAAGGAACAAAGCUGCGGCUUCUUCUGCUUAGGCGAUCAACGAGUCUACUGCUAUCCUUAGGUCUUGGCAGGGAUAGACAGGGCCUAUAAUUCCGCAAAACAAUUUGAGAUUUGUUUCCCGGUUGUCGAAUGUUGGACAAGGAUGGAUGUUGUUACUUGGCAGUCUGUCUUGUGCUUUGAUAUGAUGCCAUGUUCUUGUUGUGGCCCGAAAUGAUUCGCUACUUGAAUAUGCUUCGGGUCACAUGGUGGCCAUUUAUAGAGCAUGGAAUCUAAGUAACAAAAGCCGAUUCGUUUGUCAGA